UCCUAGCAACCGGGUGGGUCGGCUUUCCAUCGUACCGGAUCGACCGUUCGGAACCAGUCGAUCGGGAACGUUUGCGAUGUGAAGACGCACAGUUUGGACCACCGUGUCCUUGAUUUCCGUUUCCGCGAAAGCUUUCAUUUCCUGCGCGUUAUUAAAUCUGCACCAUUUUUGUUCCAUUCGGUGUUGCAUUAGUUACCAAACCUUUAUCCGUCGAUCACCGCCAACCCAUCAACCAUUCAUUCUUCCUUUUCCUCCAUUUGCCUCCUGCCACUCGCGCGUACCGCGGGGGUUCAUCUUACUUUGUCGUUGUUGUGUGUUUUUUUGCUCGCGGUGCGCUGUGCCCGUGCAACAAAACUUCGGUUUCGGUGCGGUUCACGAUCUCGCGCGAUUCGUUCGGCGCUGGGCGCGUGCGCGGUCACAUUUGAUGCCGCGCUGGUCAACCGCCGGAACGGUGCUGUUGGACCGUAUUCGGUGGUUGCGCUGUUCGCUUUAAACACUCGCAUCGAGCACACACAGGCCGCGCGUUUCUACGGGGUUUUGCUUUUUGUGCGCGAUAAACGUGUCUGUCUGCUUUUGCCAGAAUUCGGUCAUUCCGUUCCAGUUCCGAACGGGUGGUAUCGACCGUGUACAGAUGCAGCAGACACUCGGUCAGACGCGCGAUGAUGUGUUCCGGGUUGCGGAUCGAUGUCGCCGCCCUCCUGUCCAGCACAUUGCUAGUGCGGCCUGCGUAAACCCGAUCGCUGUGUAGAUGGAAGAUGCGAGGGUGAGUCUGUACACCCGUAAAACCCUCCAGUGGCCGUUGUAGUGUAGUGUGUACCUGAGCGAGAGAGAGAGAAAAAAAGCUAUCGCAAUAGAAAACACCCGCCAAUAGCAGUGAAAGGGCCAGUGAAACGUGUGAUUGUGUGUAAGUUUAGAAUUGAAAAGUGAUAGCUAGCGCUAAAAAAGAGAGAAAGCAAGUGUGAACAGUGUGAGCAGCGUGGUAAGAUCUGUGUGAAAUAUUUUCGAAGAUCGACACUCCCCUAUGGAGAGGAAGGAGGAGAAGGAGAAGGAAAAGGUGAAAGCACAUCGCAAACGUUCCGGUGAGCAUCAUCAGCCGCUGCAUUCGACGAGACGGGAAACGCUUCCCACACCGCCACCGGAUCCCACGACACCGGCCUCCAACGCUGAUGGACUGUCGCACGCUACGCCGUCAGCAUGGGACGCAUCCGCCUGUACCGGAAGCUACACGGAAACGGACCCGUUCAAGCGUCUGUUUACGUACCGGGAGCGAGAAGCUCAGUUCCUGCGGUUACUGUGCGAAAGUGAGCCACCACCACCACAGGAUGCUGGUUCCGGUACGGGAGGCACUACCAAGAAGCCACCCGGUCCAGGGCAUUCCCAAUCGUUACCCACUACCGGUAGUGCCGGGUGCCCGAAGGAGACCGCAGCGAACGAGCCGGGGUUUGAGUCGGCCAACGAGUUUCUGAUGCUGCUGAAUCGUGCUGGUCCGUCGGUGGCUGCCGCACUGUCCACCAAGGAUGCGAUCGAUCAGCUGGAUCGGUUGCACGAACUGAUCGGACAGUUCCUGACGCUACAGGAGCAGAACAUGCGCAUGCACUGGCAGCUGAAGAACGUCGAAACGCUGCGUAAGCUGAAGCUGAUGCAGAUCGCGAUUGCGAAAGAUCCGGAAUCGUUCAUCAUCAGUAGCGGUGGGCUGCCGGAGGACGCGUCCGAUAACGAUCUGCUGGACAACGAGAUCGAGCAGAAUCUGGCACUGCUGGAGACGAUCCUGGCCGCCGGUAAUUCGGCGAGCAGCAAGCGCAGCAGUUCGAAAAGGGAGCGCAGCAAAUCGGUGAUCAACGAUGAGAUCACCAACUUCCAGCUGCAUCGCAAAGAGAGCAGCGGUCGUAACUAUCCGCUGCGGCGUCAGAGUGCCGUGUCCGACUUUAAGCCGAAGGUGUCCAAAUGGACGAAGGUGAAGGCGGCCUUCAAGUGGGAGAAGACCAGCGCACUGCCAGCGAACGAGAUCAAGAGCUCCGAAGCGAUGAUGAUACCGGUCAACAAUGAGGUGGCCAGAUAUUUGCGCGUGCCAUCCAUACCGUGCGUCGGCAGUUCCGGCGACUCGGUGUUUAGCUCCUCGUCCGGGAUCGUAGUCAGCGGGGGAUCGGCCCCCGGGACGCCGGGUGAGAACAGCUUGGCCAGCUCGGCCGAAAACCUUACCGACAUGAACGAAGACAACGGUGGCGCCUCGGGAAGUAAUCGGGAAAGACACGGCAAGCGGGACUCGGUCAAGAGUACGGAGCGGAGCAGCCAGGAGGAAGAUGCGCGACGAUCCCGAUCGCUCGAUGGGGAAGCUAUUCUCGAACCGAUUCGCCAGAUGGAGAAGAACAAAAAUAAAUCUGCCUGGAGCAAGGUGAAGGGUAUUGUGAAAAAUCACCGUGGAUCGCUGAAGUCGAAUGAGUCGCGCCGGGACGCCAAACCCUCGAACAGUGUCGGCUGCAGUCGGGAGGCAAGCCCGUGCGAAUCGAUGGAUGCCUGCGAGAUGACGAUGCAGCGCGAUCGUUCCGAUUCAUUCUCCUCGAGCCAAACGUCACCCGGACAUCGAUCAUCGGCGAUGACACCGACCUUCCUGCUGCUUCCUGCCACCGGAUCGGCAGCCGGAGGUGACACCAGUGCACCGAGCGGUCCGAAUUCACCGUGUGGUUCCAUCCCGGGAACGCAGGCCACCUUUUCCAGCGGAGAGGAUGGCGAUUGGAAACCGGCGAGCGCGGCCACCGAUAGUCGAACGAGUCGUAGUGGUAGCGGAGACAAAGGUAUUCCGCCGGGGACGACGUCCACAGCCACCGCAUCACUGGCCGCACCCGGGACGAGCCGUGGAUCUCGCAAAAGCAAACACAUACCUGAUAUUGAAUCCGUACCUGAAGGAGUCCCGGUAGAGACAAGGUCGCAUGGGCUUGCACCCAGCACCAGCACCAACACAAACGCUAACAGCAGUAGCAGUAUUAGUAAGCUAAGAAAAUCUCCCCCCAAACCGCUCACCCUUUCCCGAGGGCAAGACUCGGUCGAUGCCUCGGGAUCCGAACAUCCGGAUGGAGCGGCUCUGUCACUGUCCUCAUCACCUGGCCCAAAGUAUUCGCCCAAGCGUAAAAGUUACGCUGGAGUGGCGCUGGAUGCUGAGGGAUCCCUACCCGCCAGUCCGUCCGGCAAGCAGUUUGGCUUUUUUGCAGGUACCGAGCGAGUGGCGGAGCUGGUCGAGCCGGACUAUUCGAGCGGAGAUGUGUCGGAUCAGAACACACCGAAGCGAAGACCUUCGCCGAAACAUCGCACGCUGCAGCGACAGCGGGAAGAAAUCGAGCGUCGGUAUCAGGAGCUGCAGUUGAAGCUGCAGCGGGAGUUUGAUGCCAAGCAACAGGAAUGGGAACGUAUACGACCGGCAGCAAUCCUGCUGAACAACAGUCCUCUAUUGCUUCUAGUGAACCAGCUGCUGAAGGAGGAGGGUUCGGGGGCUCAUGGCAUAGCCAGCACAUCCAAAUCACAACCGACUCCGAUCGUCGAGGACAAUCUGACGCCGGACUUUAAGAAGAAACUCAACGAAUGGCGCACGAAGCAUCAGCCAGGCGUGUCCAAGGAUAUCGUUGACACGAAGAAAAAACCGAUCACCGACUGGCAGCUGUGGAAAACGGGACAGAUAAAGUUGGAAGGACAAGGAUUGAAGCAACUGCCCGAUGCUAAGGAUUUGCCGGAAGAUUUCCAGAAAAAACUAUCUGAAUGGAAGCAGAUGAAGGCAGCCAACAAAGUCCCGCCCUACACAACACAAUCGUCCCAGGGAGGUUCCAGCGACGGUGGAUCCUCGAUGAAGCGCCAACAAUCAAAAGCGUCCGGCAGUGUGGUCAAGAAGUCGAAAACGUCCGACGACCUCGAGAAAGAUCGACACCAGCAACAGCAACAACCCCAGCAACAUCAACAGCAUCAACCGAAAGCGGAAGGUUUGUCCAAGCUCAAGGCACUCGUGACCACCUCGGAAGCACCCAAGAAGGAGCUGGUGGUACAGACCACCAAGGGUUUCAUCAAGUUCGAGGGAAUUUCGCGCAAGUUUACUCGCAAGCUGUUCGAAUGGGAAAAGGCGAAGGGCAUUGGUCCGGAGGCGUCUACGAUAGCGCUACUACAUCCGGGAUAUGCGCCGGUGGUAGUUGAAACGCGUGGCGUCGUGCUGGAGAACAAGCGAGAGAAAUCGCCAGCACUAGCACGUUCGCUAUCGAUGGACAGUAUAGCGCCUGUUCCUUCCGCAUCGUCAAUAUCGCACCAACCGUCGAGUCUUUCGCUAAACGAUGCGGACGAGCUCAAGGAUGUCGAUAAGGACAGUGGUUCGAAUCGACGUGUAUCCUCCAAUCCCGAGCUGGAACUGUCUGCGGAACGAGAAGAACCGGGAGCCGUUUUGGUGGAGGUUGAGGAUGAAGUGCUCGAGGUGGCUGAUCCCCUGAUGCCGGUACUGUCAGAGGACGAACGGAGACAAUCGAGCUCACUAGGAGUGAAUCAGAAAUCUAAAGAGUCUGGUUAUGCGUCACGGCCUUCCAGCAACAGCAGUACAAUUCUGAAAGACUCCACCAAGCUACUGAUACGAUUGAGCGAACAGGACUCGGUAGAUCGGGACGAGGUGCGGCGGCUGAAGAUCGUGCUGCGCGCCCUGAUCGCCACACUGCCCGAGUUCGUGGAAACGGGCUCACGGAAUAGUAUUGCAUUUUUUGCCUACAUGAAGGACCUGGCGCUCGAUAUACUUCGCUACCUGCAUCGCUUCGACGACGGAACGCUCAAGGACGCCGGUGAGGUGUUGGGUAACGUGCAAACCAUUAACGGAGCGGUGGCCGAAUUGAAGAAAUCGCUCCACUCGUACAUGAAGUACGCCACGGCCAAUGCGAACGGCCGGAAGGAUGAGGAGAUACCACAGAUCAGUAUUACACCGGCCGUUGGAGCUCAGGCAACAUCGUCGAUACAGCGGACGGACGACUCGUUCCGCAGCAUGGCAACGAUCAACGUAACACCGACGUUUGUGUGCAAUGCCGUGCGGGUCAAUACCGUGGAGCUGGUUCAGCCCAAUCCGUCGGUGCAUCGGAUUCCCAUGAGCUCGGAAACGGAACCAGCUCCUCUAACCUCACAGUCACCCGAUUCGUCUGCCUACACACCAACGGUCCCAGAGGUCCAGCAAACCGUCCAGUGCAAAGAGUCACCCGAGAAAGAACCUCGCGACACAGCCGGUAAAAAGCUGCAACGAAACCUCAGCAACGGAAGUCGCCGUAAGGCACGCAUCAAGCGGAUGGGAUCGCGUCAGAGCAGUAAAACGGAGAGCGACAGUGACGAUAGUCCACAGAACUAUGUGCUGGAUGUGCCACGCAAGACAAAGCGCAAAACGAGCCGAGCGAAAAAAUCUGCCUCGGACUCGACGGAAAAGCUGUCUACCGCAGUUGCUGGUGGCGAGAAAGCUCCCGAGGAUGUGGUGUACGUGUUGAAAAUAAAACCGGGACAAAAGAUCGAACAGAUGGAACGGCCACAGCCACAAAACGCUUCCAUCGGAAUGGCACCAGGCGAGGAUGUGCUUAUAUCACCACGGGAAACUUGCGUCGAGCUGCUGGAAGCAACGCACCCGACUGUGGUUGAACCGACGGCAGUAACCUGCACAGCAAACGUCCUGGUGAAAACGAAACGUAAAAUCUUCACCACAGUCGAUAAUGACGGCUUGUUGGGUUCGGGAAGUACCAACCAACAGGUUGCCAUCAGUCAGGAGCUAGAGUCCGGAUCCGGUGCCUCGGACCGAAACGAUGCACCGGAAACGGUGGUGAGUGUUGUGCUGGCACCCAGUCAGGAGCAGAAGAUCGUUACAAACUUACCACCAUUGCCACAGUCACCCAGCAUGCAGCGGCGGAUGGAUGCUUCGAAAGCACCGAACAAGGAACUUUCGCCCAACAUCCGGCUCAUGAUCGCCAAGUACAAUCAGCGUUUAACGACGGAAAAGGGAGGCGCAUCGCCGCACAGUUCGGGGUCGUGUUCUCCAGUAGCGUGGCGAUCACCGGUGCUCGAUCGUCGUGUGCGCAAACAGACGGAAAAGUACCAGGAAACGAUACAGCUAUCGAAAUCGGCCAGUGCCGGUAGCUUGCGGAAGUCUUUGAAACAGCUGGAAGAGGAAAAGGAGGGCGCGUUGGGUUCGCGAGGGACAAACGGUGCGGCUGGCGGUGGGUUUGGAGAUGAUCGUACGAGGGUAAUCAAAUCGUUCAGUGCCAGCAAGAUCGAGGGAACUAGCAAGAACGUGAUGGGGGAACAGGAGCGCGAGUUAGCUGUAGGACCCGUCGAGAAGGAACCAUCUCCCGAGCUUGGAACGUUCCCAGCGUGUGAUAGUCUGCGAAGGCGUGAUACAUUGUCCCGGUUGGAACGGACACGUGAGCAGCAAGCUGCGAAAGAGAGUUCACCAAGCAUUUCGAGCAAUGUGUCGUGUCAGGCAGCGUCCAACGUGACGGGUACGAUCAAGAAGGAGCGGUUGUACAAAAAACGUACCGAAUCACCGAUCGCGACUGGGACGAACACGGGCAGUAUGAAGAAGGGAUCUACGCGGGGGGAAAAGUAUAGCCGGUGUCGGUCCGUUCCAAACGAAGAGUGCGCUACAGAGGUGUUGAUCUCGUCCAAAGCUCUCAAACCACCCAGUCCGAGGUUGAUCGCAAGACGGAGGCUAAAUCUCGAACAGCAACGAACGGAGUUCUCGCGAUCCGCACCAACGACACCACUCGAGGAGAACCGUAGCAUUCUGGUACCACUAACCCAACGUGCCUUGAAGAUUAAGAAAGCGAAGGAAGAGUUCUUGCGGGCUCCAACAGGUGAUAGAACGGGAGGUGUCGGUUCGGUCAGCUCAGACCAACAGGCCUGGAGUAAUCGCAUUAGCCAGAUCAGUGCGACUAGCACGGCGUCGUCCAGUGUGGUGGAGGGAGAGCUUACUCUGCUCAUGAAGAGUGCCAGUGCGGGUGUGAUUGGUGUCCAUCAAGACGCAUCCCUCACAUUGCGCCGUAACGAGUCAGGAUCGUCGUGUGUAGAUGGGGACGGUGGUGCAACAGGUUCAAUUUCACGACACAGUCUCAGCACGGUAAGUACAGCUGCCGGGGUGACGGGUGCCGGUGCCGGAGGAUCCAUCGCCGCCAGCAGCAGCGGAAGUCGGUUCGGAGGUCUAUCGAAUCUCGCCUCGAAGCUGCGCAAGGUGAAGCUUCGACGGAGCAGCAAGGAUCUCAGCAAGAUGCACGCCAUUUCGGCACUCUGUCGGCAGAGUCUGAUGGUGGACAUAAGUGGCGAGGCGGCAGCAAAGAUGGGCAGUGCGCAGAGCCUAGGAUCUCCGGUGCGGCACCGAGUGGGCGAAGAGUCGGAACGCGGCGAUGGUGAUGAGGAACCGCUGAAGAAGUCCGGCAGUGUACAGGCUAUUUGUAACCGGUUUCGCCGCAGCGGCGAACGAAACGAUGAGCUGAAGAAGAGCCGUAGUUUAGGGUUUCUCGAGCCCGAACGGAAGGGCUCGGGAUAAUGUGUGUUCCGCUUGCAACUAAAUCACACAAAUGGUAGAUGGAUGUACACUUCGCUAGUAGAAGCAAUCGGAUGUAAAUUUGUGCCAAAUUAGGGUGCGUUCAGGUGCGAUCAUCUUCGGUGCUUGCUGGAAGCUGGCUGUGGUAGGUUUGCAUUUUGUGUAGCGUCAACGAUCGGGCCCCGCUUCACACUUGAUAUUGAUGUUCCGUCUUAUACGUCGUUUCUUUCCCGCGUUCUACUGUACAUGUUUUCGCUCUCCCGUAGGAUGGAGUAUUGAUGUUUUUUUUUUCGUCGAAUGACAGCGAAAUAAAUGAAAAAUGACGAGUAA